CAGUUUAUGGGGUCGCAAAGAGUCGGAUGUGACUGCGUGACUGAACUGAAAAUAAGCCAGUCACAAAUGCUGUAUGAUUCUACUGAUGUGAAGAGUCUAAAGUAGUCAAAUUCAUAGGAAUAGAAAAUGGAAUGGUGUCAGGAGGGUGAAAUGGGGACAGAAUUCCAGUUUUGCGAGAUGAAAGAGUCUUGGAAAUCCACUGAACCAAAAUGUGAAUAUAUUUCACAUGAUUGAACUGAACACAAAAUAGUUAAGAUGAACACACACACACGGAAAAGGAGAGUAAGAUUUAAUCCAGAAGGAAGUUAUGACAUUCAAGAAGCAACCAGAGCAAAGAAACUGGUAAAGAUGUUGUUAAAUUUAAAUAAGAAUUGAGUUAAAUAUUCUGUCUGCAAUGCUGAGAAUGGAUUAGGGGUAGACAAAUCUAGAAACAGAAGCCAUUUCAGUAAUUCGGUCUUGAACUAAGGCGUCUUCUUAAUUCAAGGGACAGAAUCUCCACAACCGGUAGACUGAUAAGAUGUGCUCAAUGAAGGAGAAGCUGUCAGUGAUGACAUCAAAGGUUUUGGUUGGGAUCCAGGGCGGAUGGCAGAAUUAGUCAUUAAGAUGUGGAAAAUGUAAGCAGAGGGUUUUUAUUUUCAUGAGGGUAUGAAAUUAUAGUGGAUUUACCAUUAAUAGGUCUUAAAAGGCUGGUAAUUUGAAAUAUGAGCAGGCUAGCAGCAUAGUAGAGUUUAGGGGUUUGCUAUCUACAGCCAGAUUGCUUAUCCAAAUCCCGGCUUCUCCAUUCACUAGUUGGUUGACCUUUUAUAAGUUACUCAACUUCUCAGUUCUUUAUUUCUCUCCCCUAUAAGAGGGUAGUAAUAGUAUGUACUUCAUAAGGUUGUUAUGAAGUAUGAGUUCGUAACCAUUUAGCACUUCUAUCCAUCACUUAUAUGCACUGCAUAAAUGUUGGUGUAAGAAGAUAUUGGAAAUUCGGACUGGAAUUUCAAGAUGCAAUGUUUUGGAAAAUACAAUACGUAGGACAUUCUAAAGUGGUUGCUAGUCUGAGAUGCAGUAUUUCAAAGGAAAACCAAAUGAACAGCAAUUAUGACACUCAAACUCUAUGCCCACAUCUAAGUUUGGCUGAAUUGUUGGAAAUUAAAGGCAAAGAGGGCUAACUCUGGAGAGAAGCUGCUUUGCCUUUUUUUUUUGGUGGUGUUGUUAUCUUCAGUUUGAAUUUUUAUUUUGGCCAUGCUGCGAGGCAUGUGGGAUCUUAGUAGUUCCCCAGCCAGGGAUUGAACCUGCACCCCCUGCAGUAGAAGCACGGAGUCUUAACCACUGGGUCACCAGGGAAGACCCUGGAGGGAAGCUACUUGGGAAAGAGAUGUGCUUUUAGUUCUUCCCACUGGAAAGGGCUGGAAGAGGAUGCUGCCUUCUGCCUGCAUCUCAUGCCCAGAGAGAGUCCAAUGGGUGGGCCCCGGACUGAUAAAUCAGAGAGGCAAGAGAUAGGAUAUCCAGCAGAUGAACGGAAGGCGGUGUGGUUGUGUUGGAUACGGCCUAUGUGCCCAGGGUUUUUUGGCCUAGAGAUGCAUCAGUAUUUCCUGUGGACCAGAUGUGAACAGAAGAGAGCCAGUGAGAGGUUCCUGAAGUCCUGCUGAAUAGUAUCCCCUGGAGGAGUGAACAGGCUUCCAAAGUAAAACAUUCAUUUGAGAAUUCUCUGGCUGUCCAGUGGUUAGGGCGCCAUGCUCUCACUGCAGAGGGUUCAAUCCCUGGUCGGGGAACUGAGAUCCCAAAAACCAUGCAGUGUGGGCACCGCACCACCCCCCCACACACAAAAAAAGAAAAAGAAAAAAAUUCAUCUGGCAAACUGUAAAAAGAUCAAAUGGCUUAAAAGGUGAAGACUACCAAGCUGGACUUGAAGUUCUCCGUAAUAAUAUUAAAUGCUAGAAAAUAGUGGCACGAUGCCCCGCAUCUCCACAGGGGCGGUAUCUGGAACUCAAGUGUUGGAAUUCUCCCAGGGUUUGGGCUCCCUGAGCUGCUGAGAGGACGAGGAGCAGGCAGACGCCCAUUGGGCUAUGGGGGAGGCCCGCACUAUUUCUCCCAGCCAAGAAAACCGUAGGGAAUGCUCUCUGUUGUUGCCUGCCAGCCCCCGCACUGAAAAGACGCCAAAGCCUCUGCCUCCUUUCGGAUGAUCUCCCCAUUUCAGUUCACGUAGACGAUGUACCCCUGACCCUCGACAACAGAGGGUUGUUCUCCGGAGUCCAUUCUUUAGCAGCUGGGCUGCCUGCCCCUCUGGCUGCAUUUCUUUGACCCUGCAUAAGGCUGCCAGGAAUGACAAGGGGUGGGGGAAGGAGUGGGUGGUGGAGGGAGGCAAGGCCUGGGGGACAGCGAGGACCCUGCAGGCUCGGCCUGAGGACUCUUCUGUCUGCCUCUUUUCUCUGCUGCGGGUGCUUUGGCUCGAAGCUGCCAGGAUGUGCGGCAGCUUCCUGAGGCGGGUGGCCGCGGAGGAGAGCCGGCACCCCACCCCCGUGGGCCGCCUCCUGCUUCCCGCGCUCCUGGGGCUGCGCUUGGUGCUGCUGGCCGCCGGCGGGACGGGGGUCUUCGGCGGCGGCGAGGAGCAGAGCGAGUUCGUAUGUCACACCCAGCAGGCGGGCUGCAAGGCCGUGUGCUACGAUGCCUUCCACCCCCUCUCCCCCCUGCGCUUCUGGGCCUUCCAGGUCACGCUGGUGGCUGUGCCCAGCGCCCUCUACAUGGGUUUCAUUCUGUAUCACGUCAUCUGGCACUGGGAGGCAUCGGAAAAGGUGAAGACGGAAGAAGAGACGCUGAGCCAAGGGGAGAAGGGCGGAGAGGCUUCGGGGGCUGGCAGCUCCAGGCUGCUCUGGGCCUACGUGGCACAGCUCGGCGUGCGACUGGCCCUUGAGGGGGCAUCCUUGGGGGGGCAGUACCACCUAUACGGGUUCAGGAUGCCCAGCCCCUUUGUGUGUCGUCUAGAGCCCUGCCUUGGUAGUACGAACUGUUACCUCUCUCGCCCCUCUGAGAAGAGCAUCUUCUUGAAGACCAUGUUUGGGGUCACGGGGCUCUGUCUCUUGUUCACGCUUUUGGAGCUUGUCCUCCUGGGCCUGGGGAGAUGGUGGAGGAUCUGGAGGCACAAAUCCCCCUCUUCUAAUUACUCCCCAACUUCAGAGAGUGCCAAAAGACGCAAGGCACCCACGGAUAACUUCCCAGUAGUGGAAAUAAGAGAACGGCCCGGAGAAGCAGGCGAGAGGGGCUCUGAGGUCCCUCUUUCUGCCCGCCCCUGAUGUAUGGAUCCUGAAGGUCCCCCAGGGUGGGUCCCUCACCCUCUGGGGAGCACAACGCCCCCAUAAGCUAUAAAGUAGAAAAGCAGGUUCUCAGCAAAUGUGUUCUGACCACCCAACAGCUGGAUGGUUCCUUCCAAUGAAUCAGGGCCAGAGUACUCAGCCCAUUUUACCUCCUGCCCUUCCGUUUAGGUCUCUUCCCACUUAGAAAAAGUCUCAGCUUUGCAGAGUUAUGAAGACACCUGGCUCCCCUGUGAAGGAAACCCUGUGAUCAGCUCUUGGUCCAGACAUCCAGUGAGUGGGGGUGUAUCUCCAUGGCAAAUUAAAGGCUGUGGCUGCGAAUCCAAGAGCCAUGGUGGGGUGGGGGGUGAGACCUGGUGUCGGAAGCUUUUCCUUGGAGAGGCCUGUCGUGCCUUCUCACCAGAAUUCCCCGGUGCCAGCAUCACAGCUCUCACAGGCUUGUUUCCAGAGCUGGCCAGCAGAAGCCUCCAUAAAACAGCACCUUUCCCUGUCCUGCUCAAUAAAUCCUGACCAACGAGCUGGCAUUCCUGUUGCUGAGGACAGUCCUCUUUCCUGUCUCAAUGGGUCUCCUCCUCUUUCCAGCUGUUCACGUCCUCUGCUCCCCCACCUUCGAAGUCCUGUAACCAAAAAUGUGCCCAGUCCCGCAUUAUAGGUCUUAUUCAGAAACCCUGGCUUUUCACGCAUAUAUAACCCAGGGUCCUUUGAUAUGUAGAUUUGAUGUAUUCAAACACUUGGCUACACUCUUUUGGAAGAUUACUAUGACUACUUUUUUAAAUUCAUAGUCCUCAAUAUAACACAGAAAUCAUUACUGCUGAUUCAGGGCUAAUAGUAAGGGACAUUUAUAUCACAGUAUGAUUCAGUAGGUAAUCUAAUGCCGAGUACCAGGCUGCUUUUCUAUUGAGUCUCUCAGUCAUUUCGGUCCAAAAGCUUUCUAGCCUUCCACCUUUUUGCAGAAACACCUCCUUUCUCAGUUCUUCCUUGCCCUCAAAUUCUCAACAAAGAGCGGUUUCCAGGUUUGGAAAUGGAAUCUCAAAGGAUCCUCCAGUAAAUUAGGAAGGUUUAUUCUGAAGGAAAGACAUCUGGUUCCCCAAAGACACUCUGGCAACAGCUAUCAAAAUAAUAAUGUUUUCUUUCUGCUACACAGUGUUUCAUAAAGAAUCUGGUAUUUAGUUAGAGCCAGAGCCCAGCCAAGAAAAAAGCAACUGGCAUCAUUCUGAAUUUCUCCUUGAUGGUGUCCCUUUUUAAAUAGCAUUAUUGAGAUGUAGGUUACAUACCAUAUAAUCCACCCAUUUGAAGUAUACAAUUCAAUGACUUUUAGUAUAGUCACAGAGCUGUGUAUCCAUAAUACCAACAGUUUAAGAACAUUUCAUCAACUCAAAAAGAAACUCGAAAAUACUUAGCUUCUACCCCCAAAUCCCCAUACCCGUCAGACAUAAGCAAUCACUAAUCUACGUUCUGUCUCUCCAGAUUUCCUUAGGGUGGGCUUUACCUACAAAUGGAACCAUACAGUAUGUGAUCUUUCGUGCCUGGCAUCUUUCCCUUAGCAUCAUGCACUUCAUUCCUUUUAUGACUGAGUGUUAUUUCAUUGUAUGGCUAUACCACAUUUUAUGUAUUCAUUUUUUAGGCGGUGGACAUUUGGGUUGUUUCCACUUUGGAGCUAUUAUGAAAAAUGGUGCCAUGAACAUUCAUGUGCGAGUUUCUGUGUGACACAUACUUUCAGGUCUCUUUGGUAAAUACCUGGGAGUGAAGGUGCUGGGGCACAUGGUAACGUUGUUUAACCUGUUAAGGGACUGUCUAACUCUUUUCCACAGCAGCUGUACCAGUUACUAUUUUACAUUCCUAGUAGCAAUGUAUAAAUGGGUUCCAGUUUAUCCACAUCCUUGCUAACAUUUCGUAUUAUUUUUUUUCCCUGUUUGAUUUUUAAAUUCUAGCCAUCCUAGUGGGUGAAAUGAUAUUUCAUUGUGGUUUUGAUUUGCAUUUUCCUAAUGACUAAUGAUGUUGAGUAUCUUUUCAUGUGCUUAUUGGCCAUUUGUACAGCUGCUUUGGAGGAACGUUUAUUUAAACCCUUUGCCCAUUUUAAAAAAAUUGGGUUGUUUGUAAUUUUGUUGUUGAGUUCUUCUUGUGUGAUCCUCAUCACAAGUAUGAUUCCAAAUAUUCUCUCCAUUCAGUGGGUGGUCUUUCAUUUAACUGACAGCAUCCUUUGAUGCACAGGUUUUUAAUUUUGAUGAAAUCCAGUUUAUCAAUUUUUUUCUUUUGUUGCUUAUGAUUUUGGUGUUAUAGCUAAGAAACUAUUGCCUAGUCCAUGACUAUGAAGCUUACAUCUACCUUUCCUUCUAAAAGUUUUAUAGUUUUAGCUUUACAUUUAGGUCUUUGAUUUUGAAUUAAUUUUUGUAUAUGUUAUGAGACAGGGUCCAGCUUCAUUCUUCUCCAUGUAGAUAUCCAGCUGUCCCAGCACUAUUUGUCGGAAAGUUUAUUUUCCCUACAUAUAAUAGUUUUUGGCACCAUUGUUGAAAAUCAAUUGCUUGGUGAUGUAUGGCAUUGUUUCUGUAUUCUCAAUUUGAUUCCAUUGAUUUAUGUGUCUAUUCUUAUGGCAGUACCACGUUUUAAUUACUGUAACUUUGUAAUAAUGUUUGAAAUUGGGAAGUGUCAAUCUUCCUGCUUUGUUCUUCUUUGUUAAGAUUGUUUAGCCAAUUAAGA